AUGUACUCCAUCCGCAGCCUCCCCACCAUGCGGUACAGGGAGCAGGCUGAGGAGGAUGGGAUCGAAGAUAUGACCCAACUAGAAGAACUACAUGAAGGGGCUGUUUUGAUAAACUUGAAGAAGAGGUUUGAGCGUGAACUGAUUUACACGUACAUCGGAAGUAUUCUAGUGUCUGUGAAUCCCUACAGGAUGCUUAACAUUUAUGGGACUGACAUGGUGCUGCAACACAAAGGACAUGCUUUGGGGUCAAAUCCCCCGCAUCUUUUUGCUAUUGCAAAUGUCUCUUACACAAAAAUGAUGGAUGCCAAACAGAACCAGUGCAUUAUCAUAAGUGGAGAAAGUGGUUCUGGAAAAACUGAAGCCACCAAGCUGGUUCUGCGUUACUUAGCUGCAAUACACCACAAGCGCAACAUCACUCAGCAGGUCAGAGGAAACACCUGUAUUCUUGAAGCAGCUCCUUUAUUAGAAUCAUUUGGAAAUGCCAAAACCGUGAGAAAUGACAACUCAAGUCGCUUUGGAAAGUUUGUGGAGAUCUUCAUGGAGGAGGGUGUAAUCAGUGGUGCCAUAACCUCACAGUAUCUCCUUGAGAAGUCCAGGAUUGUGUUUCAGGCCAAAGAUGAACGAAACUAUCACAUUUUUUAUGAGAUGCUGGCAGGCCUCCCCUCACAACAAAGACAGUCCUUCUACCUCCAAGAGGCAGAGACAUACUAUUAUCUCAACCAGGGAGGAGACUGUGAGAUCCAGGGGAAGAGUGACGGAGAGGACUUCCGCAGGCUCGUCAGCGCCAUGGAGAUACUACACUUCAGUGCCGAAGACCAAAGCAGCAUCUUCAGGGUCCUAUCCUCCAUUCUGCACCUGGGAAAUGUAUUCUUUGAGAGAUAUGAGACCGACUCUCAGGAAGUUGCGUCGGUGGUGAGCGCUCAGGAGAUCCGCGUGGUGGCCGAACUUCUUCAGAUCUCUCCUGAGGGCCUGCAGAAAUCCAUCACCUUCAAAGUCACGGAAACAAUGAGGGAGAAGAUCUAUACCCCUGUAACAGUUGAAAGUGCAGUUGAUGCCAGAGAUGCCAUUGCCAAGAUCUUGUACUCCCUUCUCUUCAACUGGCUGACAGACCGUAUCAACAAGUUGGUUUACCCACGAAAUGACGCAUUGUCUAUUUCCAUACUCGACAUCUAUGGAUUUGAGGACCUUACCUUCAACAGCUUUGAGCAGCUUUGCAUAAAUUAUGCAAAUGAGUACCUUCAAUUCUUUUUCAACAGGAUAGUGUUCAGAGAAGAACAAGAGGAAUACAGCAGAGAGCAAAUUAACUGGCAGGAGGUUCCUUUCAGCAGCAACCAAGACUGCAUUGACAUCAUAGCAGCAAAACCCCAUGGGAUUCUCAGAAUCCUUGAUGACCAGAGCGGAUUUCCUCAGGCAACAGACCACACAUUCCUUCAAAAAUGUCACUAUCACCAUGGCAACAAUCCCUUGUAUGUAAAGCCAAAAAUGCCUCUUCCUGAGUUCACCAUCAAACACUACGCUGGAAAAGUUACUUACCAGGUCCACAAGUUCUUAGACAAAAACUUUGACCAGGUGCGUCAGGAGGUGCUCGACCUUUUCAUUCAGAGUAGAAACAAGAUGGUGUCUAAUCUGUUUGUGAGCUACGCUGAGGUCCUCGGGCAACAGAGGACACAUGUGAGGAAGAACAGCACGGUGACUCGGCGCUACCAGGCCUCGACAGUCGCUGCCAAGUUUCAGCUCUCCCUUCUGGAGCUCAUAGAGAAGAUCGAGAGAUGUAACCCCUUUUUUGUUCGUUGUAUCAAGCCAAACCAUAACAAGGAGCCUGGCGUCUUUGACGUGGAACUGGUGAGCACGCAGCUGCGCUACUCUGGGAUCCUGGAGACCAUCCGCAUCAGGAAGGAGGGCUACCCGAUUAGAGUGCCUUUUGAUGUCUUCCUUUUCAGGUAUAAAUCCCUUCUGGGCAUGAAGCAGCCUCCCCCUGCCAAUGGCGAGAACUGCGUUCUGAUGCUGAGGAAGCUGUGUCCCGUGAGGCCAGGGGCCUUCCAAGUAGGAGUCACCAAGCUUUUCCUGAAGGAGGAAGUGUACCAGCUACUGGAGAGUAAGCGGGAUCGGGUUCGGCACGUGGCGGCCCUCACGCUGCAGCGCUACACGCGCAUGUACUUUGUGCGCAAGCGCUACUCGGUUUUCCGCAUGAAGAUCAUCAGGCUGCAGGCUCACUGUAGAGGGUUCCUUUCAAGAAAACAGUACGUGAAAAUGAGGAUUAGCCUGAUCAGGUUUCGGUCGAUUAUCCAUAUGUAUGUCAAUCGGAAGAGAUUCAUCAAGGAGCUGUCGAGGCGCGAGGUUGUCAACGUUACACAUCUGCCCAUUCCAGCUGAGCUGGCAGGACUCCUCAAUUCAGCAGCAGGAAGAGAGCUGCACUCAGAUUGCCUGGCUCUGGUCCAGGCUCCAACUGUACAAGUGAUGUCCCAGCUCACCCUGCCCCUCGACAUCAAUAAUUACUCCAUGACUAAAUGCAUUCAGCUUUAUUUCAAAGCGCCCAAGUUUGGAAUGUUGACAGCACCUUUGGACAUGCCGCUGACGCAUGUGGACGAGGACCUGAAGCAUGAGGCUCUUAAUAUUUUCGUCAUGGUUUUAAGGUUCAUGGGUGACCCGCAUUUAAACGGCGCUCAGGAGAACCUGUUUGGGAACUACAUCAUUCAGAAGGGGCUCACGCAUCCCAGUCUGAGGGAUGAAACCUUGUGUCAAAUUGCCAACCAGGUGUGGAGGAACAGCAAUCCCGACAACGCAGAGAGAGGCUGGCUGCUGCUGCUAGCCUGUCUGAGCACAUUUGCCCCCUCGGCGAAAAUGGAGAAGUAUCUCCUCAAGUUCGUCUCAGACUAUGCUAUGGAGGGCUACAAUGCUAUUUGCCAACAUAGGCUCAUACAAGCCAUGCAGAAGUCUAUCUACGGUCCAGAAACCGCUAGGACCUAUCCUCUAUCCUUGCUAGAGUGGACGGCCAAUAGGAAAAAUGCCAACAUGGUGUUGCAAGUGCACUGCUUUGAUGGGACAUCCUUCCUGUGUCCUGUCCAUUCCUGGACCAGCGGGGAGGACCUGGCAGGGGACGUCCUUCAGCACAGGGGCAUGGUGGAGGGCUGGAGGGGCAGUUCCGUCUUCAUGAAGGAGCACGGCCAGUGGGCGGAGCUUGCCGGCCACGACUACGUGAUGGACCUGAUCGCCGACCUGGAGCUGAUCCGGGACUUCCCCAAGCAGAAGUCCUACUUCAUCAUCUCCGCCGACAGCCCCAACCGGACGAGGCCCAACGCCAGCCUUGCCCUGUUUGGAAGUGGGUUUGACUCAGAUGAUGAAAGUCCUCUCACCACGACUCGCCACGCAAUGCCCAGCAUCCCAGACUCAGACGGAUACUACAGUCAUGUAGAGUCGGACACGUUUAGCGAGCCUCCCACCCAGAGAGGCAUGGACAGGUAUCUGGACAGCCUGUUUGAUCCGGUGCUUUCCGACGGAAGUGGGGACCUGGAGAAGGCCGCCAGCAUGUCCAGCCGUAUGAUGGGAGCAGGGGGACUUGGGACAGGGGAGGGCGACGAGGACAAGUCCCCAUCGGGCAGGUCCUAUCCUCCAGGACUGCAGCCCGGAGGUGACGUUAUGAGAGGGAAGCGAUCUGGAGUGGAGACGCAGAUCAGACAACAAAAUGAAUCCCUUCUUGACAUCAGUGGAGACACAGUGCAUAUGGUGUCAAAUGCUGCCAAGGCCCUUUUGAGUCCAUUCAAGAAUUUUGUUGAGGAUUUCUGCACUGAUGUCUACUAUGACAUUGAAAAGUUCCCCAAGCAGAAGGAAUUGUUCGGAGAGUUUCAAUCUCUUUUACACAUGAAGAGCAGCAAGAGCCUGAUUCGCCCCAUCAGCAGUAGGUUCCUUCAGAUGCUGGAAGUGUGCAACAGGAUGGCUGCUCAACCAGAUUUCAGUAAGCUCACAGCCAUGAUCGACUUGUACAGAGGUAUUCUCCCAUCAUUCCAGGUCUUCCUGAAGAGACUGCAGCAUGAAAAGCCUAUGCUUCAUGUUCUGCAUGUUGAGAUGGUGAUGCUGGUAAGAGAUGUCCUCUCCAAGUUCAUGAAACCUGAGGCCAUCCCCUUGGAUGUGAAGGGCUUGUUGAAACUGGAUAUCCAGAACCAAGACCUACAGUAUCCAAACAAAUUGUUGUCGGUUGGUAAAUUCAGCCAUUUUGCAGUCAACAAGGCCAGGGUGGAGAAGAAACCUUGGGUGCAAGAGUUGUACACCUCAUUAAGAGGAGGCUACACCAAGGCAGCUGCAUUCCUGCUAAAAAACCUUCCCUUGAGCAAUAUCAUCAUUUCCUCUUUGUCUGCACUGUCACCUUCUUUAAUCCAGGACCAACACAUGCUUAAUGCAUAUAGCACUUUGGCCAAGGCUCUGCCAAAUGCCAUCUCCACUGAUGAACUGGGCCAGCUUGAUGAAGAGGUGAGGGCCUAUCAGACUGACCUGGAUUUGGUGGACAAGGGCAAAGGGUUUGAUGACGAUGCUGCCCGUAUUGAUGCUGACUGGUGGCGUGAAAUAUUCUUAAUGAAGACACCAGAAGGCUCAAUCAGAUUUCCAGUUUUGGGCAAAUUGGUGAGGGCACUGCUCUCUUUGUUUACUGGCCCUCUCGUUGAGGGUUCUUUCAACAUCAUGGACGACAUCAUCGAGAAGGACAGGGCCCAGCAGAUGACCAUGCAGGCCAUGGCCCUGCACCAGCAUAUGUACAGCUCUCUAGGGGGCCCGACACCGGCCCCCACGGGGACCCCACAGCACAUGCCUGCAAACCUGAACCACACACCUCCCACCAGGUCGCCCAGCCCGACUAAGCCGGAACGAGGAGAGGUUCUCUAUAAGCCAAUUCCUCCUGUGCCGCUUUCUAACAGGGAGAGAUCUGCACAGCGAAAUGCAAGCCCAACAAGGCCUGUGCCCCCGGGUGACGUGGUUCGGGUCUCUAACUCCGAGCACUUGGAGCCCAGCCACAACAUCAAGGACAUCAUCAAACAGUACCAGCCCACUAGUGUCCCCAAACCUGUGGAGAUGCCCAGAAAGGAGGCGAAAGUGUUUACGAGGAGGCCAGACCCUCAUGAUGAAGCCAUGCUGAUCCUGAAGGACCAGAUGGCCUCUCCUCCCCCACAGAGAAAGAAGAUUUAUGGCCCUUCGCCUUCGUCCGCUGCGUCAGCACGCGAGUCGAGAUAUGACGACGGCCGAAUCCCGAAGUCGGUGAAAAGGUCCCACCCUCCAGUGCCAGCUGUUAGCCACAGGCACCCGCCCCCAGCCCCAGUGUCCAGAGAGCUGCCGGUGGAGACGGAGACCAUCAAGACCCAGCUGCACAAACGGAGCAGUGAAGAGCACUACACCUACACCAACGUGCCCUGGAAGAUUUACCUCAGGAAAGAGGUUUUCUACCCGAAAGACAGCUUUAACCACCCCUUGAUACUGGAUCUCCUUUUCAAACAGAUUGUCCAUGACACAUUCUCUGAGGCUUGCAUCCGUAUCACUAUAGAAGAAAGACAGAAUAUGAAAUCCCUGUUUGACGAGAACAAUGUUACUUUAGGCUCGGCAGGCCCAGAUGAUAACGUGAAGAAAAAGAUUGUGACAGCAGCGAGGGACUGGUGGGAGAUAUACUUCUCAAGGCUCUUUCCGGCUUCUGGCAGCGUGGGCACUGGAGUUCAGGUCCUGUCCGUGUCACACAAAGGCAUUAAGCUCCUGAAGAUGGUCCGCAGCAGCGCCACCGCUCCUGAUUACUUCAGAGUCCUGCGACCCUACAGUUACACCGACAUCAUGUUUGUCACCAUCCCGUCCAAGAACAUGCUGGAGUUCAACCUGACCAAUGAGAAGCUCAUCCUGUUCUCGGCCAAAGCCCCGCAGGUCAAGACCAUGAUUGACCACUUCAUCACCGAGCUGAAGAAGGAUUCGCAGUAUGUCGUUGCGGUGAGGAAUUACAUUACAGAUGACAGAACCCGGCUGAGUUUCCAUAAGGGAGACAUUAUCCGUCUGCAGACCAUGGAAGGCCUGGAGGAUGGCCAGUGCUAUGGGUGCAUAGUGAAAAAGAAGGUGAUGCUGCUGGAGGAGUUAAAGAGAGACACCACUGACUUCGGUUGGAAGUUUGGUGCGGUCCACGGCCGCGCAGGAGUCUUCCCGGCGGAGUUCGUGCAGCCGGUGGCGGCGCCGGACUUCAUCCACCUCCCCGCGGACAGGAAGGAGGAGCCCAAGAACAAGCAGGGCCGCGUGGCGGCGUCUGCCGCGGUGGCCGUCGCCGUAGCCUCCUCCGUCGCGGCUCACGAGCUGGACCGCUCUAUAGAGGUGGCUGCACCAUCAAGUGAGCUCACUGAGACCUACCCUGGCUACAGCAGCAUGGAGGUUGAUGAGAGGAUACUGCAUGACAACCAAUACAACAUGGUGGAGUUUGCGAAGAAGUACUUCCGAGAGGCGCAGAGAGGCGGCAGUGACUCCUACAAACAGAGAACCAAAAAAGGGAAAGAGCCAAGGGAGCCUGUUGAGAUGGUGAAAUUCUCCAAGUCUCCCAUCCAGGAAUCUUUAAUCGAUUUCACAGACGAAAAUAUGAAUAAAGUGGCGGCUGACAUUUUCCUGGCAAUUAUGAAGUUUAUGGGAGACUAUCCAAUGAAAGGGCAAACCGAACAGGAGGUCAUCAGCACCAUUCUUAAGCUCAGCGGAGAGUUUGGACUGAUGCGGGACGAAGCUUACUGCCAGGUCCUGAAGCAGAUCACGGGGAACACCAGCUCCAAAACGGACAGCUGCCAGAGGGGCUGGAGGCUCCUGUACGUCCUCACGGCCUACUACCGCUGCUCCGAGGUGCUCAAGCCCUACCUGCUCAAGUACCUGCUGGACGUGUGCGCCAAUCAGGGCAUACACUUCCAAGGGAUCGCUAAUGCAUGUGAGCAGAAUCUGAGGAAGACUUUCCAGUAUGGCGGACGCAUUGAGCCUCCAAAUGGCAUGGAACUGAAGGCUAUGUUGGCUGGAAGGAGCUCCAAGAGGCAGCUGUUUCUAUUACCCGGCGGAAUCGAGCGGCACCUGAAAAUAAAGACUUGUUCGGUUGCUCUGGAUGCCAUUGAAGAGCUAUGUUAUGAGAUGGGUCUGAGCAAGCUUGAGGCCAUGGACGAAUACGCCAUAUUCGUGGUGGUCAACAGAGGCCAGAAUGUGCGCCCUCUGAACAAGCGCGAGUACAUACUGGACAUCACCACGGAGGCCGAGCCCAUCGACAGCAACUACAGCCUCUGGUUCAGGAGGGUGAUCUGGACCCAGCCGCUCAAGUUUGACAACGAGCUCAGCGUCUCCAUGCAUUACAAUCAGAUAUACCCGGACUACUUAAAGGGCCUGCUCAACGUGGUGCCACAAGGGAGCCUCAGUGACCAGCAGCUUCAGCAGGUGGCCAAACUGGCCGCCCUUCAGCAUCGGGCCAAGGAGUCGGCCUACCUCCCCACUGUCCAUGAGGUGCAGGACUACGUCCCCCAGCAGCUGUACACAGAGCAGCGGCCGCAGCAGUGGCUCAACCUCAUCACCCAGCACAUGCAGCAGGUCCAGCCACUGAGCCCGCACCAGGCCCGGGCCCAGUUCCUCGGCCUGGUGAGUGCAUUCCCGAUGUUCGGCUCCACGUUCUUCUACAUCCAGAGCAGCAGCAACAGCGCUAUAGAUACUCCCUGCAUUCUGGCGGUCAAUCAAAAUGGACUCAACUUUCUCAACAAGGACACUCACGAGAUCCUGGUGAAGUUCUCGCUGAAGGAGGUGCAGUCCACUCGCACACAGAGGCCCACCGCUGGCUCCAGUUACCCGUACGUGGAGAUUAAGUUGGGGGACCUGAUGUCUCAGAGGAUCACUCAGCUGCAGCUGGACCAGAGCCUGGAGCUGUGUCGAGUCAUCGCCAUGCAUAUGGAGAACCUGCUGUCCGUGCGGGAGAAGCGACUGACCCUUCCCCCGAGCGAGAUCACGCUCCUGUGAUGCGGCCCUCACACGUUACGCUACGCCCCCGUCCGUCUGUGUCACUCGCACCGUGACGUGAUACACGGCGGGACUCAUCAGCCUGACGGGGAAAACCGGUACGAUUCUCGCAGGGUGUAGCUGACCAGACAGGGAGGGGACAAGGUCCUAACAGUCACUAUCACUGCACCAUGGGCUUAUUUGACUGGUAACACACUUACUAUACCGAUAUAAAACUUGCUAUACAGAUAUGAAUGAAAAAAAAUCCCAAUCCCGAUAAUGCACGCUGCUUUGGAAAAAUGUGUCCAGUAGCCUAAAUGAAAAAAAAAAUCUUAAUAGAACCAGAUUUCAUCUAGUUCUCAAUCAGUAUGGAUAAGUAUAUAUACUCUUUUGAUCCUGUGAGGGAAAUUCGGUCUCUGCAUUUAUCCCAAUCCGUGAAUUAGUGAACACACACAACACACAGUGAACACACAGUGUUGAAGUGAAGCACACACUAACCCAGAGCAGUGAGCUGCCUGCUCAACAGCGGCGCUCGGGGAGCAGUAAGGGGUUAGGUGCCUUGCUCAAGGGCACUUCAGCCGUGGACUGGUCGGGGAUCGAAUCGGCGACCCUCCGGUUACAAGCUCAAAGCCCUAACUAGUAGGCCACGGCUGACCCCUAAGGCAAGGCCAGCUGUGGUAUGGGUGGCUGACUGUAAGUCAACCCAGGAACUAAGCAGGACAAUCCCAUUUUUGCCUAGAUCAACCAACCCAUUGGUCUGACUCUCAACCUACUUUAAACUGUAAAUGUUUAUAAUGUUGAACAACAACUGUGUCUACCUCCAAUCAAACAUAUGUUGGAUAUGUUGUGGUAAGUGUAAAUACAUGUAAAAAAACCCCCCAAUAAAACCUGAAAUGUCUCUGUGUACUUAAGUCUAUGUUGUAACUGUACCAGAAUGCCAUAUUUUAGUGUUUUCAUUGUAAAUGUGCAUAGUAGUCUAUACCUACCCAAGGAUUUAGGU